CCCACCCCAUCCACCACGUCGAAGAUCCAGCGUUACCCGCAUCGUUAAUCGAAAGCACCGCAAUUUCCGGCUGCCACCGCCUUCUCUUGAAUCGCACGAAUAUCAGCCCUCGUUCUAUCGCUUCCGCGGUCUUCCCGAUCCGUCGCCAUGGCAUCACUGGCAAACAUCGCGCUCCCCGAGCUGAACUCCACAACCACUCUCCUUGCGAUCGUUCCUGUAAUCAGCAUUGCACUGGGCGCUUCUCCUACUACCCGGAAAUGGCUGUUGAGGAAGUAUUAUCAGUACGAGGUGACCAUGUCUGUCUACAUGAUGAAUAGAAAUGAGACGAUUGUCUUCAACCUCAUCUUCCUCUCGAUCCUCCUCCUCUUCUUCUGGGCCACCUUCUUCUACCUCCCUCGACAUCUCUUCACUAUCUACCCGCGUCUCAUCUAUUACAUCUUUGGCGACGAGUCCGACAGCCUGCACGGCAUGGUCAAGAACGGUAUGGAGGCCUUGUGGGACGCUUCGCAGAGCGUGUUUGGGGACAGCAGUACCCUUGCGGAAACCGCCACUACGGCGGUAUCGGAAGCGGUAUCAGAAGCGGUUAGUCAGAUCUGAGGGAAAGCGUAACUGGUGAGCGAUAUUUAGCAUUUGAUGGCAUGGGAUGUGGUACGGCGUUGCGGACAUUGCGGGCAUAAUUAUUGUGUAUCAAACACAUCCAAGCGUGUAUGCUUCCAGUGGAAGGUUUCUUGGACGUAUUGACUGGCUGGAUCUGACACUGAAGGUAGGAUUUCGGCGCCUUAAUAUUUCAUCAUAAAAAUAAUCGAAUGAAAGACAUUUAAGUUCAAACGAUCGCGCCAGAUAUUGACCAAAGCAGAACAAUUUUCCCACCUCAUGCUGCAUGCUGCUAGAGCUUAUUUAAAGGCAAGAUAUUUAUGCAGGCCAGAAUAUGAAUUCAAGACCGAAACAUC